UGUCACUCUCCUCUCUCCCGGUUAUAUUAUACGAGCGUUGGCCGGUUUUGACAGGCCACACCUGAACAUUUUUCGGUGACGUCCUCGUUUAAACGCUGAUCUGGCACGGCGGCGGUGGCGGCGGGAGACAGUACAGUGAAUUCCGGACCGACCGGGAGAUUCCCUCCGUGUUUAUUCUCCCCGUUUUGCACCUGGAUGUGCGGUGUUUACAUGAGGUUGCAUUGAUCCGAUCCGUACACAUUGUUGCCGUGUAAACUUUAGCUAUUGUUCGCGCUUGUCAUCGAUAUUAAUCUCUGUGAAGCAAUUUUUACUUACGUGCAUAUUAACGUUGAACGAUGAUUGUGUAUUAUACUGGAAUUCGCCCGCAUGUUGACAUCCGGAAAUUGUGAUUUGUAAAUUCAACGAACAUUAAUCAUAGUAUGGAUGGGGAUCACGAUUUGAUACGUGCCAUCCGAUCCCUUUUACAUGCCAGCACGCCUUUCCCCUGGCUGGGGCUAUCGAAAUUUCGGUGUCCCCGUCCUCAAUUGCAGCGCUUUUGACGGGAUCCCUUUUUAUCCCGUUUUUCAUCAUGCCAAUGGGCUGGUUUGUGUGAAGACCGUGUGCUGUCGGAUGGUGGCGGGUUUUGUUCUGUACCUUCGAUGUUGUAUCUCCUACAUAGUGCCAACAAUCCACGUUUUGUCAUAGUCCAAUUUUGUAUGGUCAUUGCCAAAAACUGGGAAAGCGGAUACAACUGGGACAGUAUUGUUUAAACGCGGCAUUUAUACGUUAUCCAUGUUACCAUUGUUGGCCUAUCAGUAUUCAGCUGGACUGCCGAUGCCGAUUGAAUUACAUGUUGCCGAGUGAAUGAACUUGACAAAGGUCACGGGAUCCCCCACUCGUCCAAUCCGCAGUGACCGGCUCCGCCUCCUGGCGCGGAUACCACGGUGGUGAGACUGCACACGGCACCGCCCCCUAAUUGCAGUGCGGUCCCAAUUACCAUCCCUUUUACCACGCACACGUAUUAUAAGUGUACGCAUUUUAUACAUAUAUACGUAUAUAUAAGCGGGCGGUGUUAAGCCGGCCGGAAGGAGAAGCCGGCAAUGUCGAUUCUGUAUCCGGAUGCCCUGGCCGAUUUAGAUAUGAGCGAUCAGUAUACAUGGGAACUGCAUAUGACCAUACUGAAUAGCAGCGGAAUGAACGCCACGAAUCUGUUUGGGAAUGCCAGCGGACGGAUGCAGGCCUAUGAGGAUGAUAAUCUCAUCCAUCGGCCGCUGGUCAAAGGCCUCAUCUGCUGCCUGUACGCCAUUAUCUUCGUCUGCGGGAUUUUCGGCAAUGUCCUGGUGACAUUUGUGGUCAUCCGCAAUAAGGCCAUGCACACGGUGACCAAUUUCUUCAUUGCCAGUCUGGCGGUGAAUGAUAUUAUCAUCUGCUCCCUAACGGUCCCGCUGACGCCGACGUACACGUUCCUGGAUGGAUGGUACUUUGGUGCGUUUAUGUGCCAUUUAUUGCCACUGGUCACCGCUGCCAGCGUCUUCAUCUCCACACUGACAUUAACCACCAUCGCGGUGGAACGGUACUUUUGUAUCGUCUUCCCGCAUCUCCCGCGACUAGCCACGUAUAAAGCCGUCAUUAUCAUCUGCAGUAUCUGGAUCCUGUCCUUCUCCAUUACCAGUCCCUAUGCACAUUACAUGCUGUACAUACCGGCGUCAGUGGACGGCCGGACAUCGGCCCGCUGCGAUGAGCACUGGCCGCAGUACGGGCGGAAGCUGUUCGGCACGGUGUCGCUGGUGGUGCAGUACGCCAUUCCGCUGAUUGUUAUUACCUUCUGUUAUCUGUGCAUCUGGCUGAAACUGCGCGCCCAGGCCGCCAAAGGUCUGACCAGCAGCCGCAAGGGACGCGAUACGCAGGCGCUGAUGCGCAAGCGCCGGACCAAUCGGAUGUUAAUUGCCAUGGUGAUUAUCUUCGGCUGCUGUUGGUUGCCAUUAAAUCUGGUCAACAUCCUCAACGACUACUUCCCCUCGACCAUCACCGGCUGGCGCUACUUUGUCCUGGUGUUCUUUCUGGGCCACGUGAUCGCCACCAGCAGUACCUGCUACAACCCCAUACUCUACGCGUGGAUGAAUGAGAACUUUCGCAAGGAAUUCAAAGCCGUCCUGCCGUGCUUCACCACACCGCCUCGCGACAACCGCUACCGGCAAACAUCCUUAGGGCAUGACGCCAGCCUCAAGGCCUCCCAUGUCCGCAACGGCACCUCCGUCCUCCUGGACACCGAAUCCACCUACAUGCUGGAGAGCUCACCGCGGCUGGUGAAAAAGGUCAUGCAAGUGCAUUUGUCGGUGCACAGUAAUGGGUCAGCCGGCAAGCACAUCGUCACCCACGACACCGUCAGCCGGAGCCCGGAAGAAGGCCGCCGAAGUCCGCAUCUAACCGUGCCGAUAGCGGCUGGCUACGCUACACUGCAAGUGCAGGAUUCCCUUGAUGAGCGCGAUGGGGAAAUCUACCACGUGUGAUACCGCGCGGGGUGCUACGAAGCGGUCGAUUAUUAUUUUUGGGGAGGUUUAUUGAAGGCGGAUACGUGUAUACACAUGUGAUAUAUCACGUAGCUGGCCAUGUUCGCGAGUGAUACGUGGUCCACUGCUAAUCCAAUUCAUCACCUGCCCUCAGUGCUCGAUUAUAGAGCUUUCGCAGUUACCGGAUGGUUUGCGCUGCGCGUGCGUGUGUGGAAGGGAGAAAGGUCAACGGAAGAGUGCUCGCUAAUUGCGGAUUAUGAUGUUCAUGAUCUGAGUGCGCCUUAUCUCAUUAUUGCUCUCCUGUGUUCUUAGGAAACAUUUAUUGAUUCUGGAAUGUUUUUUUUGUACUGGGGAGUUUAUAUGUAUCUCACAUGCCGGCAUAUAAUAAAUCUUGUCUAUA